CGUACCUGCGUAUAAUUACUCAGAAUUGAAGGAAAAGGAUGCUGUAAAGGAGGAAGAGAAGCUCCCCCAACUUCUCUUCUUCCUUCUUCUUCUUCUUGAUUCCCAACCUUUUUUUUUUUUAAAAAAAAACCCAACCAAAAUCCCAUAGCCAUGAAAGAAUCUCAAACCAACCCAAAUCCCAGGAUGGAGUCAAAGAAAUCGAUCCCACCUUACAUGAAAGCCAUUUCUGGGUCCCUUGGGGGUAUCGUUGAAGCCUGCUGUUUGCAGCCGAUCGAUGUAAUCAAAACCAGGUUGCAAUUGGACAGGACGGGUAAUUACAAGGGAAUCAUCCACUGUGGCACCACCGUGUCCCAUACGGAAGGGGUGCGGGCUCUUUGGAAAGGUUUGACUCCAUUCGCUACUCACCUGACGCUCAAGUACGCACUGCGGAUGGGCUCCAAUGCGAUGUUGCAGGGCGCGUUUAAGGACUCGGAGACUGGCAAGUUGAGUAACCGAGGACGGGUUUUGGCUGGGUUCGGUGCUGGGGUUCUUGAGGCCCUUGUUAUCGUCACGCCUUUUGAGGUGGUGAAAAUUAGACUGCAGCAACAGAAAGGACUAAGUCCAGACUUUCUAAAGUACAAAGGUCCUGUACAUUGUGCUAGUACAAUCAUCCGUGAAGAAGGCCUCUUUGGGCUCUGGGCAGGAGCUGCCCCAACUGUUAUGCGUAAUGGGACCAACCAAGCUGCAAUGUUUACAGCCAAGAAUGCUUUUGAUGUAAUAUUAUGGAAGAAACAUGAAGGCGAUGGGAAAGUCCUCCAACCAUGGCAGUCUAUGAUAUCUGGGUUCCUUGCUGGAACAGCAGGUCCGGUAUGUACUGGUCCCUUUGAUGUUGUCAAAACUAGAUUGAUGGCUCAAAGUCGAGAUGGAGGUGAGUUGAAGUAUAAAGGCAUGAUCCAUGCUAUCCGAACAAUAUAUGCUGAAGAAGGACUUCGUGCUUUGUGGAAAGGACUACUACCUCGGCUCAUGAGGAUACCACCUGGCCAAGCCAUAAUGUGGGCUGUUGCUGAUCAAAUAACUGGUCUGUAUGAGAGAAGAUACCUACAUAGCGCAGCGUUAUAGAUUUGCCUUUUUUUGCUUGUUCUGGUUUUCAAUGCCAUUUCAAGCAUAAAGUCUUGGAAAAUUCCGACAUUUCUUCAUAGAGUUAUUUUAGAUGAUCAUCACCAAUCUUA